AUGGAGUACGACCAGCUGCCUCCGCUGGGCCUGGACGAGAUCGGCAUGGACGACUACUACAGCGGUGUCGACGCCCCGAGCCCACUCCACAUCGCCCCCAACCCCAGCUCAGCCCUCGCCAAGCUGCAGCGCUCCAGCGGCAGCGGUACCGGCAGCGGCAGCGGCAUAAGCGCCGCCAGCAGGGCCGACAGCAUCGACAGCUGGCGCCGGAGCGUCCAGCUGCUGGGCGUAGCCGCUGCUGCUGACCCGCGCCACCAACCCGCGCAGGUAUUGCAACCACAACCACAUUCCCAGCCGCAGCUGCGCAGGCCGAGUCAGGAAUCCGACCUGUUUGCCGACCUGAGCACCCACCACAAGGAGCUCGACGAGUACCUCCGCCGCCGCACCCACGUCUCGCGCAGGAGCGUCGCCAGCGUGAGGACGACCACCUCGUGCCUCUCGCGGUAUCCCUCCACCGUCCUGCCCGCUGCCCCGCCUCUGCCCUUUUCCGCGCGACAGCUGCGCGGCGACGACAGCGACCGCAGCAGCGACAACGACGACGACGACGAGGACCACGGCCGAAACCAAGGCGGAGACGAGCGAAGACGAGACGACAGCGCCCGAGACGACCACCAGCCGCUGCCCUGGACCGACUGGGACCCCUACGCCCCAGGCAGCACGCCCUCGUCGACGCCGGAGCUCGCCAGCUCGGGCACCUCGAGCCCGCCGGGCGACGAGGCCAAGCUCUCGCCGUCGAGCGACUCGUUUGACGACGAGGACGGCGACGAGGACGGCAACAACGAGGACAUGUUUGCUGCCAUCGACCUGGGCGCAGCCAUGUUCCUCGAAAACGGCGCCAACGCCAACAUGAAUACCACCGCAACCACCUCCACCACCACCGCUGCAAACUCCGGCUCCGCCCCCAGGCGGAUGCCCAGCACCACCGCACCGCCCGCCGACGACUCCAGCCGCGGGCACCUGCAGAAUCUGCUGCAGUCGACGUCGAGGGUCGAGCGGGUGUGUCUGGUCGCACCGCGUGCAGGGCCAUUCGAAGGGCAAUUCGUCGCCCUCCUCACCGAUGCCACCUCACUCCUGCGGCCCGGCCAGCCAGCCGAGGGCAGCGACGCCAGCCAGGAAACCCUGCUGAUACCUCCCCCCGAGCAGGAGGCGGCCCGCAGGCUCGUCCAUGAGCUCCGCACCGCCGUGCUCGAGUGGGGAGGUGACGCGCCGCGGCCUGACGUCUUCAUCGUCCUCAGGCACAUGGCCCUCAACGCCGACGGUGAGCCCGACGCCCGCCGCCUGCAGACCUGGGUGCAAAACAUCCCCGAAGAAAUCGAGGAGCAGAUCAUGGGCAUGCAGGUGUUUCGCACCGCGAGGCGUGGCCUGCGACGCCAGCUCCAGGAGCAGGAGCAGCAUCAACUACAGCACGAGCAGGGCACGUCGAGACAGGCGAUGCCUCUGAGGCCAGCCGCACCGAAAUCACCCUUCAAACCCGAGUUUUUGACCGCGGGAGCUCAGUCGGGAGAGCUCCCGGACCUGGCCAGCCCCGUCGAGGGCCCGAUGUCGACGCACCUGGAGCCAGACUUCUUCCCCCUUUCCGUGAUGCAGCAGCUCUUUUUCCGCACCACCAUGAACCGCAGCAUCGAGUUUGCCGCCGUUGCGGGCUCGGGGUUCCGCUUCAGCCAGAGCAUUCUUCUCCAGGUCACCGGCGGCGCCGAGGUGGCCGACAUCGAGGCCGCCAUCGACGUCCUCACCUCGCGGCACGCGAUGCUGCGGGCGCGGUUCCGCAUGACUGGUGACGGCUGGGCGCAGGUCAUCGCGCCCGCCUCCACGAGCGCCUACCGCUUCGAGCACAAGUACAUCGACUACGAUGCCGGCCUGGGCCAGGGCAAGCAGCGCGAGCUGCUCGACGUCAUGGAGCAGGCGCAGGCGAGCCUCAACGUCUUUACGGGACCCGUCUUCGCCGCCGAGCACGUCCGCACCCGCGACAACCGCCAGCUGCUGUAUCUGGUCGCGCACCACCUCGUCGUCGACCUUGCCUCGUGGCGCAUUCUGCUGCACGACCUGGACGAGCUCCUGCGAGAAGGCACCCUCGCCUCGUCCGCGGCCGAGUCGAUGCCCUUUACCUACUGGACGGACUACCAGAGCUACGAGAACAGCCAGCGCCUCGUCGAACCGGCGCUGCCGUUUGACGUGCGGCCCGCCGACUUGGAGUUCUGGGGGCUCCAAGGCCGGUCCAACUGCUACGGCGACACGCAGCAGAUGGUCUUUGUGCUGGGUACCGACAUUGCGCAUGCGCUGCAGACGACGUGCAACCAAGUGUUCAGGACCGAGUCGGCCGACAUCUUCCUCGCCGCGCUGCUCCACUCGUUUCGCCAGACGUUCCCGGAGCGGGCCGGCAUGAUGCCAACUGUAUGGAAGCAGGAGCACGGCCGAGACGCGAGCAACCAAAACUUCAACAUCGAGCAGACGGUCGGGUGGUUCACGACGCUGUGCCCUCUCAGCGUGGGCUCCGACUCCGUGUCGGACGUCAUUGAGCUGAUCAAGCAGCUCAAGGACACGCGGCGGGCCAUUCCCCGGAGCGGCACCCCCUUUUUCACCUCCAAGUUUUCGACCGAGUCCUCCGCCCCCUCCGCAUCGUCGCAGCAGGCCAAUCUCCCCGUGGAAAUCAUGUUCAACUGCGUCGAGGCCCUUCACAACCUCGGGCGGCACAACAAUGGUGUCCUCGAGCCUGUCUGCCCUCCGGAUCGCGAGGUCAGCUCUCUCGCAAGCGACGUGGGCUCUGCGGUCGGUCGCAUCGCCUUGUUCGAGGUUUCGAUUGUCGUCGACGACCACGACUGUGGUGCGCGGGUCGAGUUUCUCUUCAACGGCUCGUCCACGCACGCCGACCGCAUCGCGGCCUGGGUGCGUGGCUUUGAGCGGUCGACGCUCGAGGCGGUUGCUAGGCUGGCGGACAUGGAGCCGCAGCUUACCCUCGCAGACGCGCCCUUCCUCGAGGCUUCGUACGACGGGAUGUCCAAGCUGGCGCUGAGCCGGCUCGCAACCGUGGGCCUCGACGGCGUCAAGAACAUUGAGACGAUCCGUCCUGUGGAUGCGGUGCAGCAGGAAAUCAUCGUGGCGCAGGGUCAAGACGCGGGCUCGUUCCACGUGAGCAGCACGUAUGAGCUUGUCCUGCCCGGCGACUCCCACGGGACUGUCGAUCAGGGGCGCCUGUGCCAGGCGUGGGAGGCGCUGGUGGGAAUGCACGGGUCGCUCCGCAGCAUCUUCAUCGACAGCGUGUCCGACAAGGGGCUCUACGACCAGGUCGUGCUCCGCAAGGUGUCCCCUGCCAUGCUUUUCCUCGACUCGUCGGAUCCGGUCAAGACACUGGCCGAUGUGCCCGGCCUCAAGGCGCCGCUGUCGCAGCCGAGACACAGGCUCACCGUCUGCAAGUCUGACGGCAAGACGUAUCUGCGCUUCGACGCCAUCCAGGCCAUUUGCGAUCCCUCGAGCGUGCACAAUCUCAUGUCCCAGCUGCAGCAGCUUUACGCCGGCCAGGAGAUUUACCCAGACGAUCCUCCAUCGCCGCGUCGGACCUCGACCCAGGACAUCACCGGCCUCUCCAAGUGGAAGCAUACUCUCGAAGGCGCCGUCCCCUGCCUGUUUCCUCGUCUCGCGCUCCAGAAUAGUGGCCGUCUGGAGACGCGCGGGUUCAACCUCAACGUCAGCACCAAGCACAUGUCGCAGUUUUGCGCCAAGUACGCCGUUGACCCCGCGGCCGUGGUGCAGCUCGCAUGGGCGCUCGUCUUGCGCACCUUCAUCGGCGAUGACAACAUUAUCCUCGGGCACCAGCUCAGCCGGCGGCGGCACGCCAUGCUGCCAGACUUGGCGCAGGCAGUGGGCAGCCUGACCUCGUUGCUGCCCUGCAUGAUCCACUGCCGUGGUGAGCAGAACCUGCUCGACUUGCUUCUGCAGUUGCAGAGCAACCUGGACAGCGCCGCCACGGGCGAGCUGCCGAGCAUGAUGGAGCUGGAGCACGCUCUCGACAUCUGCGGCGAGCCCCUCUUCAACACUUCCGUCUCGUACGCGGACACGACUGAGCUGUUUGCCGGCGACGGCAUCUCGUGGCAGCCGACCGUGCUCACCUCGUCUCAGGAUGCCGGCUGCGAGGUUUCCCUCGCGGUGACACUCGUCAAGGGCGAGCGCUUCAACGUCGACAUUACGUACCUGCACCUCGCAUACGACCAGGCGCACAACGUGGUGAACUCGUUUGAGCGGGCUCUCCAGUACCUCCUGUGCUUCCCCACCAUGACCGUCCAGCAGGUCGACCUCUUUACAGAUCGCGACUACGACCAGGUCGUGGCCCCUGACUGGGACCCCGCGCGAACAGACGUCAAGGUCUCGGCCUGCAUCAACGAGCUCGUCAUGCACCAAGCCCGCGACCGCCCCUACGCCACGGCCGUGUCCUCGUGGGACGGCGACCUCUCGUACCAGCAAGUCGAGGCUUUUGCGACGAAGCUGUCCACGUACCUCGUCAACCUCGGCGUCGGCCCGGGCGCUCUCGUCCCCGUCGUGCUCGAAAAGUGCCGCUGGGCCCCAAUCAUCAUGCUCGCCGUCCUCCAGGCCGGCGCGUGCUUCGUCAGCCUGGACAUCCAGGAGCCGCAGAUAGUCGAGGCCACCAUCCGCCAGCUCGAGCCCCCGCUCGUUCUCGUCACGGAGUCGGGGUGGCGAUACGUGAACCCCAUCGUGCGCAGCUGCAUCCUCGUCAACCAGGCCCUCAUGAGCGCGCUCCCACCUCAGGUGAUGCUCAAGGUCGAGAAGCCGCUCCCCGCGCAGGCCGCCGUCGCCUUCCUCUCGCCCGGCCAGAACGGCCCUCGCGGCAUGUUCUUUACCCACCAGAGCCUCUGCUCCAUCCUCUCCGUCCAGGGCCCGGCGCUGAAGCUGAACGACCGGAGCCGGGUGUUGCAGCUGUCGGCGUUUAAUGUCGACAUUGCCCUUGUGGAGGUGCUCGGGACCCUCCUGCAUGGCGGCUGCGUAUGCAUCCCGUCCAUCUUGGAGCGGACCAACGAUCUCGAAGGCGUCAUCGCGCGCAUGGAUGUCACCUGGACGUACAUGACCUCGGUGCUGGCGCGCAAGAUUGACCCCUCCAUGGUGCCCAACCUCAAGACCAUCUGCUUCCGCACCAGGAGCCUGGACGAGGACACUUAUACCCCUUGGCUGCCCAACCGCGACGUCCUCCUCGCGUAUGGCGCACCCGACGUCUGUCCCAUGGCCAUUUCCGUCCUCAAGAUCACGGGCCCGCGGGAGACGAGCGUCAUCGCGCCGCCGCUCAUGGGCCGCUUCCUCAUCCUCAACCCAGAGGAUCCCAAGAAGCUCGUCCCCACCGGCGCCGUUGGCGAGCUGGCCAUUGACAGCCCUCUCGUGACUCCCCAUCGCUUCAUUCCGGGCCAGCCCCUCGUCGACCCGGCCUGCCUCAACGAUCCGUCGAGGAAGGGCAAGUGGCGCUAUCUUCGAACGGGCCACCGCGCGCGGUACCUGGACAGUGGCCACGUGCGCUUCCUCUCGAGCAUGAGAGACGAGGCACUGGUGAACGGGUCUCCGGCGUUCCUGUCGAACCUUGAGCGUCGCAUCCGGGGUUGCCUGACCCGCGGGGUGGACGUGGCGGUGGAGACCAUCACCACGAGCGACUCCAUCAACCUGCUGGCCGCCUUUCUCGACUUUGGCGAGGACCCAAACCGUGGUGCCUACGACCUCAACUGCCUCGGCCCCGACAUGAAGCUGCGCCUUUUCUCUGCGCGACGAGCAGUCGAGGAAGCGCUGGCCAAGCCCGACCAGGACGGCAAGAAGCUUCCCUGGCAGAGCAUCCCUCGCGUCUUCGUGCCCGUCAGGGGCUUUCCCCUGUCUGCGUCGCUCAAGGUCAACCGACGCCGGCUGCAAAAGCUCAUCUCGUCCCGGUCGUACUCGCAGCUCGCGGGCCUGGCCGACGGACAGUAUGCCGGGGGUCAACAACCCGGUCAGCAGUCGCCUGAUGUCCUCGAGCACAAGCCCCUUCCCCUCACGCACUCUGAGGAGUCGAUGCGCUCGGUCUGGGCGUCAGUGCUGGGCGCAUCGACGGCCGAGAUCCGCCCCUCGGACAACUUUUUCGAUGCCGGCGGCGACAGGCUCAUGGCCACCAAGCUCAUCAUUGCGUGCCGCAAGAGCGGCUUCGACGUCUCCAUCCAGGACAUUCUCAAGGGCGCCACGCUGACGGAAGUCUGCCGCUUCAUCUCGGCGGCCGAGGAGGUCAAGACCAAGGCGCGAGGCAAGAAGCACGCCAAGAAGACGUCCGUCUCCAAGAGGAACCUGGGACCGCACCACGGCCUCGUCAAGCUGGUACUGGCGCCUCAGAUUGAGGUCAACUGGCAUGAUAUCCUCGACGCCACAGAGGCCUCGUCGCAGCAGGUCUACUACCUGGAGCCCAGUCUGUACAGGCCCCGCGGCGACAUCAACUGCCUCUUGCUCGACUUUAACGGGUCUGUCCGACCCCAGAGGCUGGAGAGCGCCUGCGAAGCGCUCACGGACCUCCAUCCCAUCCUACGUACCGGCUUCGCCAUCCACGAGUGGCGCGUCUUCCAGGUCGUCAUCGAGACCUUCAAGGCCGAGUUUGAGCACAAGACGUGCAACGCGCGCAGCCUCGUCCAGGAGACGGAGAAGGCCGUCCGCGACAGCCAGAGCCUCGAGCUCCAGCUGGGCAAGCCAGCCACCAAGUUUACCUUUAUCGACGCCGGCCAGCAGGGCUGCAAGCUCGUCAUCCGCUACAGCACCGCGCAGGUCGCCGAGGCGGCCGUCCCGCAGCUCGUCCAGGACCUCAUCAAGCUGUACACGGACCCGGCCACGAUUCCCCGCCGGCCCAGCUUCCUCGAUUACUCGCGCGCCGUCUCGGGCGCCCGCUUCGACGACAGCGUGCGGCACUGGCGCAAGCGCCUCGAGGGCUCGCAGAUGACGCAGGUUGUGCCUCACUCGCGCCCCUGCCCUCCCGUCCGCGACUGCACGACGCUGCGCGAGACCGUGGACGUGUCGCCGCUGAGCGACUUUGGCAUCGGCUUCGACACGGUGCUCAAGACGGCCUGGUCCAUGGUCCUGGCCACGCUGACCGGCCAGACGGACGUCGUCUUUGGCGAGCUGGUCGAGGGCCGCCGCAUGAAGCUCGAGACCAGCAUCGACGUCUCGCACAUUGUCGGUCCGAUGGAGAACACGGUCCCCGUGCGCAUCAGGUUCCCCAUCACGCACACCUCGCCGCUGCAGACGAUGCAGCACGUCCAGCGCGAAUGCAUCGCCUCCCUGCCGUACGAGGCCCUCGGCGCGCAGGCCAUUGUCAAGGAGUGCACCGAGUGGCCCAACUGGAGCCAGUUCAGCACCAUUGUGCGACACCGAUCGCAGGUGCCCGUCGACGGCUACACGACGCUCAACAUCGAAAACACCACCUUUACGUACAACGUCAUGGAGGGCGAGGCCCGCAGCGUACCCGACCUCUUUGCCGCGUCAACCAUGAUCGGCCCGGGCAAGGUCUCGCUCGCGCUGACCUUUUCGCCCGGCCGCGUGCCCGUCGACUACGCCACGGCGGCCAUGGAGCUGCUCAUCGGUGCGGUCAAGAGCCUGGCGUGCUACGACACGGUCAGCCAGCCAAUCCUGCCGCCGGCCUGCGACUACCAAGGCUCCGUGCCGCGGGUCCUGCUCGAGAAGCACGACGACGGCGCCUCGAUCCUCACGGGCUCCACGCUCCUCGAUGCCAACAGCUGGCUCCCUGCCGAGCACCGCAACCUCAUCCAGGGGUACCUCACGUCGACGUGGAACGAGAUUCUCAACCCCGCCAGCGUCGGCCAGUCCGAGGAAGCCAUCCAUCUGUCGCGCUUCUACGACAUCUCGGGCUCCCUCAUGCCGGCCUACCUGUACGCGGACCGCCUCAACCGCGGCCUGCAGCGUCUCGAGGUCCAGGGCAUGGAAAUGGUGCACGUCACGCCCGAAGAGAUGAUCAACAACCCGACCCUCAACUCGCAGAUGGACCUCUUGGUCCGCAAGAUGCGUGACCUGGGCAUCACCGCGAAGCUCGCCAAGAUGGCACGCCGCCAGACGACGAGCGGUCUCGCCGCUGCGCUGCUUGGAAGCGCCACCGGCAGCAGCAGCAACAACACCACCAACAACAAUACCAACACUACCAGCAGUGGCGGCCAAGGCCUCAUUGGAAAGAUGGCCGCCUCGCGCAAGCACGGCGGCCAGCACCGGCGCGAGGUCAGCACAGGCAGCAUGCGCGACUUUGGCGCCCGCGUCGGCGGCCUGAUGCGCCACCGCGUGAACCUGCGCGGGGCCGACAAGUCGUCGCCCGGCCGCAGCGAGUCGCCCUUCCCACGCGACAUGGCGGUGAGCCCCCCCGGCGCGGCGGGCGCCAUCGGCAUGAUCCCCGAGGCGGCGGGCGACGUCAGCCCGCUGAGCGCCUCGGCGCCGCAGGAUGGCUGGCGCGGCGACGCGGACCUGGUCCGCAGGAGGAAGCACGGCAGCGGGAGCGCGAGCCCCGUCUCGCCCGUGCGGACGUCCCUGGACGGCAAGACGGCGGCGGGUCCGGGGCCGCGAAGCGUCUUUGAGCUGUGA